GCAUGUAUGUAUGCAUGCAUGCAUGCAUAUAUAUAUAUAUAUGGAGUAUGGGGGUAGGUCAGUGAUGCUGUGGGGCUGUUUUGCUUCCAAAGGCCCUGGGAACCUUGUUAGGGUGCAUGGCAUCAUGAAUGCUUUGAAAUACCAGAACAUUUUAAAUCAAAAUCUGUUGCCCUCUGCCCGAAAGCUGAAGAUGGGUCGUCACUGGGUCUUUCAGCAAGACAAUGACCCUAAACACAUGGCCUAAUCUACACAGAAAUGGUUCACCAGACACAAAAUCAAGCUCCUCCCAUGGCCAUCUCAAUCCCCAGACCUCAACCCCAUUAAAAACCUGUGGGGUGAGCUGAAGAGGAGAGUACAGAGGAGAGGACCCAGGUCUCUGGAUGAUUUAGAGAGAUUCUUCAAAGAGGAAUGGCUGAAGAUCCCCCUUUCUGUCUUUUCCCAUCUAGUGAAACAUUAUAGGAGAAUAUUAGGUGCUGUUUUGUUGGCAAAAGGGGGUUGUACAAAGUAUUAACACCAGGGGUGCUAAUAAUUGUGACACACAUUAUUUGAUGUCAAAUAAUUAUUUCUUUAUGUGGGAUUUUUUCCCCACUGAAUAAAUGCACUUGUAUUGAAGGUUGGAUUUUUCUCUUUUUUUUUCAAUUAAGGUCCCAUAUUAUUUAGAAAAAAAUAUAUUAGAAAGCUGAAAAACACAUAAUUAUUAUAAAUCCAAUAAUUAUGGAGGGCACUGUAUAUAUACAUUUUUUUAAUUGUAGUCUGUGUACCUUAUGUUGUUAGUUCAUGCACGCUGACAGUGGAGGGAGCAUAUGUGUUUGCCAUAUGAGAUGGUCGCUUUGGAGUGAGUUAAUCGGCUCUUCCACGCAAACAAGCUGCACGUAGCAUCUGGGAAUUUAUCAGGGCAUGUCGCUGCUUAAUCCUGCCCUUGUAUAUCAAGAUGCACACCUCUUCCUGGUCUCCUCCGUGCUUCUCUCACAAACAUGUUCACCAUACAUCCAGAUGAUUGCCUGUAAAGGUUCUACAACCCCAAAGAAAAGUGAUCAUAAUGUAUCACGGCUCCUUGAAGAUGAACAUUCAAAAUAUAUGAAUUGGGAGAAAAACUGCAAUACCUGGCUGCUCCUCAGAACAUGUUUUAUCCAGAAGGAAGGAUGAAAGAAAAUUGUAGUCAUUCAACAAAUAAUUUUCGUUUAGACCGAGAGGAGAGAAAAUCUGGUAAUUGCGGACCUCAAAGCACCAAGAUAAAAAAAAAAAAAAAAAAAAAAAAGCAAAAAUAAAUUCUAUUCUUAUAAACGAUUAAAAUUUGCUGAUCUCCAGCAUUGCCUAAUGUUGCCUACUUUAGAUUAUAUUGCCCUACUUUACUUUUUGGUCGAGUUUGAAUGCUGAUUGUUUUAAGGGGUCUGUGCUACUAUAACCAGUUUGAGUGCUUCAGACUAUAAACCACUACUUUUUUCCCCACCGCCUUGAACCCUGCGGAUUAUUAUCCAAUGUGACUAAUUUACGGAUAUUUACAGGCUAAUGAGCGGGGUUGAAAUAUCCCAUAAUACAAUGUAGACACCUGCAGUUUAUAUUUAUUGUAUAGUUUAUUAUACUUAUAUUUAUUGACUCCAAUAUGAACAAAUAGUUUUCUUGUAAAAUUUGCUGGGUGCAGCUUUUCUAGUAAGGUGCGCCUUUUUAGCACAAAUAUGUUAAAUACGUAUCUCUGUCUACUGUGGAAUGUUAGAAAUUUGCGCUCAAUUUUCUAAAUUAUAAUUUUUUUACCCCAUACAAGAGCUGUUUUGUAAUUCUAAGUGAACCAGUGUGAUCUAACAUAAUGAAGAAGUGCUAUACUAGUUCUUAACCAACCAGUUGUCUUGAGUCAUGCUCCUCUGCUAUCUCGCCCAAGGUAACCCUUGGCAGACUUAACUGUUGCCUGUUGUCUGGUCAGAAAGGUGACAUUUGGUCUUUCUGGAUUAGAAAUCUUGAUCCCUUAAUAGAGCUUUUGUCUUUCUUGGAAUGGCUGCAUUCAAAUACUGAGUGGCAUCAAAAGGAAAGAUUUCAAUCUCUUGUUGUGUUAUUACAUAAUGGGAAAUUCAUAUGGUAUCAUUAGUGAAGGCAUUAUUAGGAUUGUGUGGUACUAUUAUCUAUUAAUUUUAAAUGAUAAUCUACAGCGAAUUACUUGAAAAGCAACAUAAUAAUGUAAUCGAAUGUUGAACAACUGAUGUAGUCUAAUCAAUAUUUGACUGGUGACUAUUGAGUAUGCGGCGUCAUUAUUGUGUUUCCUCCACUGAUGAGUCUGCUAUCUACUUCAUAAAAGUAGAAAAGAAAACCAUGACACGUGUCCAUUGAACGCAUAAGUCAGACUUGGAAAAAGCAUAAGUACAGGAGAAUGAUGGUUUCCUGUUGAUGUAUCCACUGUUUAACAUCAAUCCUAUUCGAGAAAAGAACAGACUGAGGCAGCUAAACUAAUAAUAGCACUUGAUAUUUGUUUAGCUUUUUAGUAGAGGUCGACCGAUAUGGGAUUUUUCAAAUGAAGAUACCAAUAUUAAAAAAAAAAAAAUCAUCAGCAGAUUGCCGAAUUCCAAAGCCGGUAAGCUCCGUAGAUUAUUACGGAGCCCCUAAGGGGACAUGGAAGAAGAAAAAAAAAGACAGAUCUGUUUUUUAUUUGUUUGUUUGUUUGUUAAUUGGGUGAUUUUCUUGGUUAAUCGAUGGCCGAUGUUGGAAAAAUGUCCUUAUAUCGGUCUACCUCUACUUUUUAGGCACUCUUAGAACUGCCUUUUUUCUUAGCUACAUUACAUUUGUUGGUGUUUGUGCCAGACAUAUCAUAUACGACAUGCUCCUGAUACUUUGACUUCAGCUUACCAAAUUACUUGGACCCAGUAACCCGUUUUUAUAUUGGAAAGAAGCUAAUAGAGAAUAGCUGCAGUGUGGAGGAAAACAUUUACAGUUGUUUGCGUGACCAGAGCCACGUUGGAGCAGCCCAAUUGGACUCAACAAAGACAUUUGAUGCUGUGAUUCCUGGUGUGAACUUGGGUACACUUAAGCGUAUGAGGUGGCGCCAACUCUUUGCCUGAGCCUGCCCGCUCUUUUAAAGCUCUGCUUUCGAGGAUUAACCUCGAAGCAUCUGUCUUCAAAUGCACACUAUUCUCAGGACAACUUUGUUCAAGCUCAGACAGAGACUCGCUGCCUUCCUCUGCCGAGGAUUUUUUAUGAAAUUGAACAAAUCUGUCUAACGAGAAAGAAUUAAUUUGGCUUCAAGUUUUAUUCCAAAGUGAGGCAAAACUUUCAGAAUAACAUAUUUGAGCUGCAAAGCCUCUAUAGUGUUUAGUGACCGCAGCACUUGUUGGACUCUUCUUUUGCCCACUCUGGAUUUCAAAUUUGAGACACGAUUCUGAGACUUCAUUCAUCUGAAAUGAAUGUUAGCCUUUGAUCUGAAGAAUGGGAAUAGGCAGUUCUUUUGCACCGAGAUCUGAUCAAAUCUUUACUAUAAGAGUAAGCUUGGCACCAAGGCAGAACCUCCCACGGAUCAUCCUCAAAGGAAUCUUUCAGGGAGUUAAGGUUGUUCGGGGACCUGACUGGGACUGGGGCAAUCAAGACGGCGGGGAGGGUAAGGUGGGUAAAGUAGUGGACAUUCGUGGCUGGGAUACAGAGUCUGGUCGCAGCGUGGCAAGUGUGACCUGGACUAAUGGCACCACCAAUGUCUACCGAAUGGGGCAUAAGGGCAAAGUGGACCUCAAAUAUGUGUCUGAUGGCCAGGGAGGCUUCUACUACAAAGACCACUUGCCAAAACUCGGAGAGCAUGCAGAGCUGCAACGCCAGGAGAGUGCUGAUGGCCACUCUUUCCAGCAGGGAGAUAAGGUCAAAUGUCUCUUGGAGGUGGACAUUUUGCGACAGAUGCAGGAAGGACAUGGAGGAUGGAAUCCCAAAAUGGCUGAGUACAUUUGCCGGAUCGGGACUGUUCAUAGAAUCACUGACCGGGGAGACGUCAGAGUCCAGUACAGCAACAACAUCCGCUGGACUUUUCACCCGGGGGCCCUCACCAAGGUGAACACGUUUGGGGUCGGUGAACUUGUGCGAGUAUUAGAGGACAUGGAUAGUGUCAAGAGACUGCAGGCCGGCCAUGGAGAAUGGACCGACAGCAUGGCUCCCGUGCUUGGCCAAGUCGGUAAAGUGCUGAAAGUUUAUGCAGAUGGUGACCUCCGUGUGGCAUUUGGGGGCCAGACAUGGACAUUCAACCCAGCGUGUCUCUCGGCGCAGCCAGUUGAGGUGGAUGCAAACCUCAUGACGGCUGAGAACCCCAACGAAUCUGGAAGUACAGUCAUUUCUGUGCUGGAGAAACUGCUGUCUCAGUCUGCGGAGCAGGACAAUCCCAGUCGGCUCGUCAUUGAGGCAGCACACGGCAGUGCCAAUAAAGUCAGAGAGUUGUUGCAAAGGUAUCCUGACAAGGUGGACAUCAAGAACCAGGGUAAGACUGCACUUCAAGUCGCUGCACACCAAGGCCACAUGGAGGUGGUGAAGGCCCUGCUCCAGGCCAACAGUGGUAUUGAAGUCAAGGAUGAAGAUGGUGAUACGGCAUUACACUACACCGCCUUUGGUAACCAGGCAGAGAUUGCACGGCUGCUGUUGAACAAAGGAGCAAAUGUUAACCUCCUGAACAACUCCAUGUGCACGGCACUCCAUAUUGCUGUCAACAAGGGCUUCACAGAUGUCGUGCGUGUGCUUACAGAACAUUCGGCCGAUGUCAAUCUCCAGGAUUCCUAUGGGGAUACACCCCUGCACGAUGCCAUUGCUAAAGAUUUCCAUAAUAUCAUCGAGAUCCUGGUUGUGGUGCCCAACAUUGACUUCACUCAGCAGAACCAUAGAGGGUUCAACCUUUUGCACCAUGCUGCUCUCAAAGGAAACAAACUGGCCACCGAGAAAAUUCUGGGCCGAGCACGACAGCUGGUGGACGUUAAAAAGGAGGACGGCUUCUCCGCCUUGCAUCUGGCCUCUCUCAAUAAUCACCGUGAUGUCACUGAGAUCCUCAUUAAGGAGGGACGGUGUGACAUCAACAUUCGCAACAACCGCAACCAAACGCCGCUGCAGCUGGCGGUGACGCAGGGCCACACUGAUCUGAUCCAGCUUCUGGUGGUGGAAGGCGCUGAUGUAAACAUGGAGGAUGAGGAUGGUGACACCGCCAUGCACGUGGCCCUGUUGCGACCACAGCUUGCCAACGUGAUGCUGAGCCCUCCUGUGGGAAGUAGCAGCAGCAGCACAAGCACAGACGACACCAGUGAGGGCUGUGCCUCCACGUCGCUCUAUUCCAGGCUCAAUGCUUCGGGCCUUCUCGGGAAUACUGAGCUCAGUGUUGGAGCGGCGAUCGCUUGCUUCCUCGCGCAGGAGGGGGCUGACAUUAGCUAUGCCAACCACAAGGGGAAGAGCCCCCUGGACCUAGUGGCAGACAGCACCAUGCUGCAGCUCAUCAAAAGCUUCUCGGAGAAGCACAGAUUGCAACGCCUUCAGGCCAUAACAUGCGGCCAAGGUCCGAGUGCAGCUAACCUUCGACGUGUUCACACUACACCCAACACCAUGACCAAUCUGGUUCUUCCUACGCCACCGGGGCCCAGUGAAUGCCUCAUCUGCUCUGAGCUGGCGCUGCUAGUUCUUUUUAGCCCCUGCCAGCAUAGUGUGGCAUGUGAAGAGUGUGCCCAUCGAAUGAAGAAAUGCAUUAAAUGCCAAGUCACAAUCACCAAGAAAAUUCGGCAAGAUCAAACCGAGGUAGACUGCAGCCCCGGUACAGAAAACUCCGAGCAACACAACCUGCUGGAGCAACUCCAGUCUCGCUACCGGCAGAUGGAGGAGCGCAUCACCUGUCCCAUCUGCAUCGACAACCACAUCAAACUUGUCUUCCAGUGCGGACACGCUUCCUGCAUUGACUGCAGCGCCGCCCUCAAGACAUGCCCCAUUUGUAGGCAGACCAUUCGCGAACGCAUCCAGUUGUUUGUCUGAGUUGACCAGAUAACCCACCCUACCCCCUUCCCAACCAUUUGUCCUAACGUUGCUGCUUUGACGUGUGUCUGUUACCCAUCAUCUUCUCUGUAUGGCUCAGCCUCUGUUCCAUUUCCACGGUUGCACUGAAUGAGCCCCCCGCCCCACAGUCUGUCUUGUGAAUUACAUUAGCUCUCAUUUGGAUUUGGGAAUCGUAAUCAGUAUUAGUCUCCUCAGUGGGCGCUCUAUAUACAGUAGUACCCAACCACUCAUUCACCUGUAUGCAAGGGGGAGGAAAUACACACUAUACAAUAAAUGCAUGAGUAUAUGCAUAUUGUAACACUAAUGGGUGAUUUGUCAUUGUUGUGGUUUUUAUUUCUUUGUAAAGUACAGAUUUUUAUUUAUGCGUGAAAGGCGGUAUUACUUUGUAUUGUACUUUUUUUCCGUUUGCUCGGAUGGGUGGGGAAAAAAGUUUUUGAUCCUACUGAAAUACACCCCAAACCUAUGGCCUCUUACUCAGGGUAUCAAACCUUUCAAAAAGCACUUGUGAUAUCCAUAAAAGGUUCUAAAUCACCACUUUACAUUGUGUUUUUGUCGGGAGUUGCCUCAGAAUGGCAAAUGUCAGUCAUUGAACGUUUGUGAAACAAAAUGGAUGGACGUUUUCCUCAUCAAAAGAAAGGAAAAAAAGCUCUCGACAAGCACCCGUCCACACUGUUUGUGUAUUUACCGCCCAAUAGGGAGCAUCCACUGUGUUUACUGUGUAUACCACCUCCAGGCAGGAGGGUAUGUAGCUUUUGAUCCACCUGAUGGGCUGUAAUAUAUAUAUAGAAGGGCCAAAAGAUGACUGAGGUUGUUACAUUGUCUACCUUCCUGCUGGAGUCAUUUCACAAAAAAAAGCCCAUUUUCUCCAUUGGCGCUCUGGAUUGUACUUUCCAACUUUUCUGUUGUCUUGAUGUGUUUCUUGAAGGGCUUCAGUGUAUUUGAAGAAGACAAAAAAAAAAAAAAGCUUUAUUUAAUAUUCAUUUUCUGAAACUUCCAGAGACGAGGAAGGUUUUAAUUUUGUAUUCUUGUUUGAUAAGUUUUAUUUGUUUGGCUUUUUAAAUCCCCCAUUUUGGGAGAGCCAAUGUUUCAAUUUGUACAAUUUGAAUGUAAAGGUAGGGAUGAUGCCUACCUUUUUUAUGUGUAAAGUUGAGAGAAGGCAAAAGAAUGCUGUAGUAAGGUUUACUUUGAACAAUGUCUGUGCCAAAUCGCAUGAGGACAUGCAUAGGCAUUGCACACAAUUUAAGGUUUUCAAAGCUUUGGUGACAUACUAAAAGUCAAAACUCUUCCGCUUAUGUUAUUUUGAAGAGCAAAAUCAGGAGUAUUAUGAGCACGCUCAGUUACAGGAGGAGACUAUAAGCUCAUAAGGAGCUCAAAGUGGGGAAUGAUUCCACACUCGCCUUCAGACAAUAAUCAGUCCCAUGUUGUUUGGAGCGUUGGACACAAACAUAUUUAUGUUUAGAGAGUUCUUGUCAAUAAAGCGGAAGGGUUAUUUAAAUUGCAAUUUCUUGUUGAAGAUUUUUCAGGCAAAUGCAAUUAUGUUGUGAUGGAAAACAUGAUGAAAAUGUUGGUGUUUGUGUUUUUUUUUUUUCUUUCAAUCUCCCAUGAUGGAGGUAGCUGUGAUCAUAAGCAGUAAUCAGUUGAUGUAUAAAAGAAAAAUAUUAAAGCAGCAAAUGUUACUUUUGGUGUUUGUACAAUUCAGCUCUCAGAGUUCUGAUGUUGGCCUUACUGUCUCUUCCUCCUCUGUUUGUUUUCUUAGUUUCUGUAUAAAAAUAUUUUGCAAUAAAUAUGGAACACUUUUCUAUGGACAUGCUGCCUGAAAUCUUUUAUUUGUAGUUUUACUCGUAAGCUGCAUUUGUACCUUUUGUGGUAUAUUAAUGUAUAACUUCAACAUGCAACACAACAGAAUCACAUAAUUGUAUGUGUGUCCCCUUAACCCUAGCGUUUAUAGUAUUUUGACUGAAGUAAGCCUACAAAGAUUGAGGCAGUAAACUGUAAAUAAUUCAUAGAUCUUAACUGUAUCCUAUUACUACAGGCUGUUGUUGUCCGUGCAAAAUCUCUACUUUGCCAGUUGCCUCCUGCCACUUAGGCCUAAUUGUCUCACGGCUCAGACGGAUUUGACAUAUGACUCAGCAUUUUAAGAAGUGACGUCGCCUGGGACAGGGCCCUUGGACCAAUCACGAGGUUUGCUUUCAUAGUAGCACGGCGCCAAACAAAUGUCUAGGCCCUAUGUGGGAAAACUUGUAAGUUAACCCAUUGGAUACAUGUCCGAUCUCUUGGGACUGGGAGAAGCUGGCAAUGGCACCCAAUUUGUUCAUAUUUUUUUUUAGAUGUGGAAAGCAACAGUUAAAGUAAAUACAAAUAUUUUACAUUACGAAGUGACCAUGUGCAGUACCCCCCCAAUUCAUAAAGAUAAAAAAAACAGUUAUUAAAAAAAAAAAAAAAAAAACAGUUGACCCACAAAAUACAGCACAUGAAGUAUACUUAGCACAACCCAACAACCACAGUAUUUGCUAAGAAUGUUAUAUUUAUUAACGCUAUCAAACCAGUUGAAGGUGAACAAUAAAUAUGGGCAAGAGAAUAUUUAAAAUCACAAACAGUUAUAAAAUAUUGUAUAAAUAAUAAAAGUGUGGAAGAUUGUACUUGUGACUAAUGAUCUCAGAUGUGUUGACCACUACAGGGCCUCCUGUUAGAGAGCACAGAAGAGCAAAUCUUUUUUUUUUGGGCUCGUGUACCUACAUGUACACACAUUUAGUAUCUGGUGAGUAACAUACAGAAAUAUAGUCGACAUUCACAGCCCUUUUAAUGUGUUUAGCUCAUUAAACACGAAACCACAUAAUUUUAACUAUGACCCAAAUACAGUAAACAUUUGUUUGCUAUUUCCCUUCAAACCACUACAUUCACUGCUCAC